GUCUACAUGGUUAGUUUGCAUUAGCGGCUGUCGUCAAACGUAUUUUCAGACUUCAAUUCUGACAGAGGUGUUUUCACUUGACGCUCUUCAAGAUGAACGGCUAUCUUCUGUGCAUUUUGCCAUUGUUCGCUUUACCGAACGUAGUUCUGGCCAUUACCUGCUACACUUGCACACCAAACCCACCGACUGUGGCAUGCACAACACUGGGUGAUUUGAAUGUCACCGAUUGUGACGCGGAUCCGAAUAUACAAUCUGGUAUGGCUGACGUGUGUAUCAAAGUGUUAACUGUGGUGAAAAUGGGACAAAUGGGACAAAUGACUAUGAAUAUGUUUAGCUGUGGAAUGAAGUCAAUGUGCCAAGACCUCCAGGCAAAGUCUUGCAAUGCCUCGCAACUGCAACCUGGAAUGACCUUUAAAAAAUGCGAAGCCACGUGCUGUGAGCAGAGCAAAUGCAACGGGCUUGCAAACAGCACCUCGCCAAGUGUAAACGCCUCGCCAAGUGUAAACGCCUUGCCAAGUGUCAACGCCUCGCCAAGUGUAAACGCCUCACCAAGUGGCCCGGCAACCAGUAUUCCUGUAAAAACUACGGCCACAGGAACCCCACCAAAACCUACCAGUGGUGCCACAGCAUACAACAAAGUUGUAUUAUUUGCCACCAUCUUUACAAGCGUACUCUAUGUGCUUUUUUUCGUGUACUGACUUUGAGCAGUGAUCAUUGUUAGAGUGCUAAAAACAAGGCUAACCAGGUGCUAGAAUGUGUUUGUUUUGAUUUGCUUUUUACUAUUUUAAGACAAAUAAUUUUGUUUCGUAGCCAAUCAGAUUUCCCAUCUUUUGCAACUACUCUACAUACACAAAAGUGAUGGGCUCCUGACAUACAGUAUAAGUGAAUUAGGAGACCACUCGCUGGAUUCCCGCCUAUAUCAGAGUUAGAAAAGUCCAGUAAAUUGCACAGAACUGUUUUUUUUGUUAACUUUAAACAGAACAGAGUGAGUCAUCCGCAGCCUUUGAGUAACUAGAACACAGAUUUCUAAAAGUGAUGAAUAUAAUCUAAACUGGGCAAAUAAUAGGGCAAAGAUAAAGAUGAAACUUUCUUAUCAAGUUGUUUGCUUAGAAAGGGUUUAUGUAAAUGAGGUGCUUAAUUCUGGUGUCUGUGUCUGUUUAGGAAGGUCACUUUCAGUGUAUAAGUAUAUAAUAUAAGUUUUUGUUUUUGUAUGUUUAACAUUAUAGUCAAUAGUUCUUAAAGUAUUUUAGUAUAAUUUAAACACGAUUCUUAC